CAUUUUGUGAGCUUGUGAGAUGCGGACGAUGGAUUUCGCAGGAAAUUUUCACUCAUUUUGUGGCACGUGAAAGACAUACAUAUUGGCGAUUUAUGCAGUAUUUAAAGAUUAUGUAAUUUAACAUCAAACAGGUCAUAUAUUGGCGGUCUGGGACAGUGAGAAUUCACAAUGUUUUAUGCACAUUUUGUGCUUAGUAAGAAGGGGCCCUUGGCCCGAAUAUGGCUUGCUGCUCACUGGGACAAAAAGCUGACAAAAGCACAUGUCUUUGAAACAAACAUUGACAGCAGUGUGGAUGCAAUCCUCCAGCCAAAGGUGAAACUAGCUCUGAGAACCUCUGGUCAUCUCUUGCUGGGUGUUGUCAGAAUAUAUUCACGUAAGGCCAAAUACCUGCUAGCAGAUUGCAAUGAAGCCUUCGUCAAAAUCAAGAUGGCCUUUAGGCCUGGUGUGGUGGACCUUCCAGAGGAGAAUAGAGAGGCUGCUGUUACAGCUAUCACAUUGCAGGAGAACUUCCAUGAUUUUGACACCACACUGGCAGACUUGAAUGAUAUAGAUGUUCAAGCCCAGUUUGCUGUCAACCAGAGUCGUCCUGAAGAGAUUACGAUGCGGGAGGACUUGGGAAAUAUAACUCUUGUUGGGGAUGACGGAUUUGGUGAUUCAGGGAUUAAAGACUUCGGUGGUGAAGUUGAUGAUGAAGAAAUAUUCUAUUUUAUAUAUGGCUAUAGGACUACAGUUGUUCCCAUAGAUUGGGAAGCUGUUUUUGUGCACUGUCUCGAAAGGACGUUCGAUAAAUUCUGUUCCAAAGGAAACAAACAGAAACACAAAGACGUUCAAAACAAUAAUUUUAUCUGUGAUAAUGGUAGAACUUGUAGCAGCAACAAAAGUGAUAAACAGGAUAAGCCAUAUUUGGAAAAGGUGGACAGUGGUAUAGGACUGGAGAGUGAUCCAGGCAACUGGAGCGAAGUGGAGUCUGAUGACGAAAUGAGUUCCAAUUGGGCAUCUCCACAGUGUUCAGUCUCGGGAUCUCUCCGUGGUGACGUAGGAUUUGAUGACCGAGAAAUCUUACGAGAUGUGUCGCACAUGGACGACUCGUUGUACAAAUCUCCUGAGCCUCCCAGCAUACAGCUUGGAGAUAAAGAUGACAAGUCCUUGGAAUCGAGUCUGGAGAAGCCCAUGGACGUAGACUUGCCACCACCUGUUAUGGAUGAUGGUUUUGGAGGAGCUGUGGAUGAUGGGUUUGUCGGUGGUGCAGAUGAUGAUGAUGACGACGACGAUGACAACUUUGGUGGAGAUGUAGAUCACGAGUUCUUUGGUGGUAAUUUCAUGGAUGCUGGAGGUCUGUUUGAGGACCCUCCAUUGGCCGAAGUAUCCAUGCCCCCAGAAGUAGAAGCCCAGGGUACAUCAGGCAGCACAGAACCUGUAACCAAAGACAGUGUAUUCCCUGCGGCGGAUGGGCAGGCCGAAUCAGCACCCAGACCAGAACCAGCUGCUGGUGCAGCUGCAGCAGCUCCACCUGCCCAUGAGCAGACAACUCUUGUUCAUAAUGAAGCAGAGGAGUUUGCCCUAGAGCCUAUCGAUGUCACAAGUGUUCAAGGUGCUGAAAAGAAAGGGAAACGGAAGAGAAAGCUGAUUGUGGAUGACCAGAAGGGUAUCCCCAGUGAGUCCAUGAAGAUGCAGCUGUCUGACACCACAGACAUUGUUACCACACUAGACCUGGCUCCUCCAACCAAGAAGCUGAUGCACUGGAAAGAGACAGGUGGUGUGGAAAAACUCUUCGCUCUUCCUGGAAGACCAAUCAACUCUAAGGCAGCAUGCAAGCUUUAUGGAAGGAACCUUGUGACAAAACCAAUGAAGGAAGAGGCGACUGUUUUCGAGGAGGAUAGGCCAGACUUUGAAUCUCCAGAACUUCCUAGAGCUGAACAAACCAUGCAAGAUGAGCUGGGCUUACCUGCACAGGACCAGAGCACAUUGAUUGAGGAGCCAUCUAUCGCAGACGUUUCCAGACAGUCACGGAGGAGUAACCGCUCUGUACGGGAAGUCGAAACGCCGCGUCAAGAGCCAGCACAGCCGCUCCCUGUAGAAGAACCUUCCCUGAACACGACAGAUCUGCUGACCACCAGCAACAUAGGCGAGGGCCUGGUGGACCUGCCUGCAGAACCCAGUGUCCUGGAGCCUAUUGACAUGGGACCCAAGUACCUGGAUGAUGAGCCUCCCUCAAUUGCACCCUUUUCUGUAGCCCCUCCGUCAGUCGCUCCUCCCUCUGUGGCACCUCCCUCAGUCGCGCCUGCAUUCGAGGAUUUGGAGCCAGAUGUCACAGACGCAAUGCCUGAGACCGAAGAGCAAGAGGAGAGGCGUCUCAAUAAACGCUCACAGCAGAUGCAAAUGGCACUGGAAACUGCAUUUAGGUACAAUGAUGUGCAGAGUUUUAAGGACUUGACGCGCAGACAUAAUCGGAAGCAAGUGUGCUCCAAGUUCUACACGCUUCUCACUCUCAAGAAGCUACAAGUGUUGCAUUUACAGCAGGAUGAACCUUUUGGGGACAUUCUUCUCACAAAAGGUCCCAAAUUUGGCACGGCCGUGUAGCCACACUCAAUCACCGGACUCAUUGUUGCUGUCACAUACUGUAGGGGGGUUAAGCCCAACGUCCGCCAUAGCAUUGGAACUGGUCCACAACAUAACCUGGGUUUAUGUUCGAGCUGGCUUGUGGACAUUUCAGAGUUACCCCCCUUGUGAAAUAAUAUUUAGCUGUUCAUGUUUGUUUUCUCUGAUGGUGUUUACAGAAGUCAUUGUUACGUUGGGAACACAUGCAUAUCCCCAUAUGUGCUAUUUCAUGUUAUUUCUACCUUGCAGAAUAUUCAUCCUCUAUUAUAUCCCACUGUACAUAGCGAUAGUCAUCGGCAUUCUCAGACCAUCUAUAGCUGAUCAUUUAUCAUUGUAAAUUGUUUGUUAUACUGCGUGUGUUCCCUGUGCUGUUACAAACCGUACUGAAACUUGACUGUCUCUGAGAGAUGGAUUAUUCUGUUACGACUGGGAUGGCGUGUCACUGCCAUUAGUUUCAAUAUUCUUGUACAAGAACUUAAAAGCCCAGUUUUUUUUCUGUGUACUGCUACUAUUUUAAAGGCAAGACAAUGACCAUAUUCAGAUAUCCUUAGGUGUUCAAGGAUACCGUGAUAUUUUCUUAAUUUCCAUAGUUGGUGUCGUGAAAAAUAGGGCAAGAGCUCCAAUUCUUCAGUAUUGAGUCGUCAAAAGCACACAGAAAUUGUCAUAUAACACAGUUGAACCAUAUGCGUUCACAGAGUACAUACAUUUGUUUUUUUUUUUUAAAUGUCUUACUGUAAAAACUUAUGGCAGCUGAGGUAUACUAAAGCACGUCUUCAGGGAAGUAAUAUUGUAUUCGGGGCUCUAGGCGUUUUAGGAUUUAUCUCACUGCACUGAAAACCAGCGACAGAUUUCCUGUUCAAUACAGAAGUACUAUAAUCCCUGGUUUUAUGAGGGACAGCUUAUUGAAAAAAACAAAACAUGGUUGUGUCUGCCCCCGAAUUUCUGGGAAAUCCGUUAUGUCUGAUUGAUUUAAGUGUCCGUUCUUAGAAAUUCUGUUUUAACAGAAACAAGAUAGAUUGUAUCCUAAGAAUUCAUUCCCAAAAGCAUCAUAGAACGUUAACGUCUAUUCAUUGUGAACUGUCUAGUUUCUAGACCUGUAAAAUGGAACUAGUUAAUUUGUCAAUUUUUCAACCGUCACUCAGUAUGAUUUUAAUGCAAUGUCCCAUUCUUCAAAAGCAUCAUUUUUGUACAAUAAAUUUUCAUGCCAUCGGCACGUAAUUA